GCUGCAGCAGCUGGCGUGCUCCGCUUGUCCCGCCUACCCAGUAUCACAUCGAUAAGGGUCCGUCUGUUGGCCGUUAGCCGUUAGCCGCUAGCCGCAGCGAUGGCAGCCCGGGUGCUGGUCGGGGUGAAGCGGGUCAUCGACUACGCCGUGAAGAUCCGAGUGAAGCCUGAUAACACCGGAGUGGUCACGGAUGGCGUGAAACACUCGAUGAACCCCUUCUGUGAGAUCGCGGUGGAGGAGGCAGUCCGGCUCAAAGAGAAAAAGCUGGUUAAGGAGGUUGUGGCGGUCAGCUGUGGGCCCCAGCAAGUGCAGGAGACCAUUCGUACAGCGCUGGCUAUGGGAGCUGACCGCGGUAUUCACGUGGAAGUUUCUGGAAAAGACUACGACUCUCUCGGACCUUUGCAGGUGUCCAAGAUCCUGGCGGCUCUGGCCAAAAAGGAGGAGGCAUCCCUCAUCAUCCUCGGGAAACAGGCUAUUGACGAUGACUGUAAUCAGACUGGUCAGAUGACAGCAGCCCUCUUGGACUGGCCCCAGGGGACCUUUGCCUCAGAGGUGGCAGUCGAGGGAGACAAACUGAAGGUGAUCCGAGAGGUCGAUGGGGGACUGGAGACCAUAAAGAUUAACCUGCCUGCGGUGGUGACUGCUGACCUUCGCCUCAAUACCCCAAGAUACGCCACACUGCCCAACAUCAUGAAAGCCAAAAAGAAGAAAAUCACGAACGUAAAGCCUGGAGAUCUGGGCGUGGACCUGACCUCUCGGCUGGAGGUCCUGCGGGUGGACGAGCCUCCGCAGAGACAGGCCGGAGUGAAGGUGGAGACGGUGGAGGAUCUGGUCGGCAAACUGAAGGAGGCGGGGAGAAUUUAGCGGCAGCUAGAGCAAAAGGAGCAGCGUGCACACAUCCACUGGCGAUCUGUUUAUGGACAUGGUGCCAACAUCCAGCUCCACUCUUGCUGUGAUCCCCUGUCUGCCCAGCUGCUCCUUCAGGCAUUCUGACCCAGUCUACGUUGGUACAGCAGUGCUGAGAGACACCGGCCCAAAUGAAUCUGUCUGCUCAGAGUAAUGGAGCUCAUCUAUGAUCAGCUGAUGGCUUCCAUCCUAUUGAGUACUACUGUACAAGCUAGUUCUACAUACUGAUUAAUUACAUAUUUAAAUAAGGUAGGAUUAGCUUUGACUGUUAGUGGUUCUUAUUGCUGCCAACACGCGUCUCUGAUAGGAGCACGGAGGUAGUUAAUGUUUUGAUGAUACCACACUUGAUCUUACUAUUGCUCUGAGCUGUUCUAAUCAAUAUGUAUUGUUGAUCCAUGAAGCACGUUGCCCAUCCUGGUGAGAGGGACCUGUCUGUCAUUAAUUCCGACUGACCUGAGCUCAUAUACAUGCGCCUAAUGAUAUGAGGCGUCUUUGAUAUGUAGGGAAGACUGAUAUAAACCUUUAACUGCCGCUCUGUCGUGUCAGAAACUCUUGCAGCAUCAGCUGAAGACGCUUUUCCCCCACAGGCAGACUUUACUGAGGGCCCUUGUCAUUUGUUGUGAAAUGACCGUCAUAUUCCACCUAUUCCAGACACGGUCAACGUGUGCAGUCAUUUUAAAGUUGUAUAGUUCUUAUAAAUAUCAGUGUUUAAUGUAAUCCUGUUCUGGACGGGUCGGUGUCUCUCAGCAUGAACUGGAAAGGUAGAAAUGAACAUUUUCUAUGCCACAAGCGCCUCCAAUGAGUUGAUUGUACAGUAUCCUACUGUAAAAAUAAAGAUAGUCUGUCCUUUUCA